AUGCCUCAGCAGAUUACCGACAUCAAGAAAUUCCUCGAGAUUGCUCGCAGAAAGGACGCUUCGGCGGCCCGCGUCAAGAGCACCACCCGUGCUGACGGCAAGCAGGUCACCAAGUUCAAGAUCCGAUGCUCGCGCUUCCUCUACACCCUCUCGGUCGACGACAAGCAGAAGGCUGAGAAGCUCAAGCAGUCGCUUCCCCCUGGUCUCAACGUUGUUGAGAUCGGCAAGCCCGUCAAGGGCCGCAAGUAA